AUGGGUGUCGCAAAGCGUACCCGAAAGUUCGGCGCAGUAAAGCGAGUUCUUAGCGCUAGAGAUCCAAGAUUAAAGAAGAACCAAGAGAAACAAGCAGCGCUGGUUAAACGCCGGAAAGAGAAACCAGAUGAGGAUGUUGUAGAAAUCCCACAAGUCGCCUCCUCCCUCUUCUUCCAAUACAACGAAGCCCUCAAACCUCCCUACUCAAUCCUAGUGGACACCAACUUCCUAAACCACACUUUACAAAACAAACUCGACCCUAUCACGGCCUUCCUCGAUUGUCUCUACGCAAAAUGUAUACCCAUAGUAACCGACUGCGUAAUGGCCGAAUUGGAAAAGUUAGGCGCGAAGUAUAGAUUGGCGUUAAGACUUGCGAGAGAUGAGAGGUUUGAGAGGUUGAAGUGUGAUCAUAAGGGAACUUAUGCAGAUGAUUGUAUUGUUAGGAGGUGUAUUGAAAGUAAGAUUUAUAUCGUGGCGACUAAUGAUAGGGAUUUGAAGAGGAGGAUUAGGAAGAUUCCGGGUGUACCGGUUAUGAGUUGUGCUAGGGGGAAGUAUGUGGUUGAGAGGUUGCCGGACGCACCGGAGAAGUGA